AUGAUGACUGAAUCACAUCUAUCUCCGGAACAAAUACGGCUCCCGCCCAGUCCGACUGGGACUCCGCCGUCGAGCACAGGGAAACCUCUCGGCGAUGGCGUUCGUUCGGUUCCUCCAUUGCUUACCACUUCUUCCUCUUCGCCCCGAAACCACUCGCCUCUGUCGCGAACACAUUCUCGCUCCCGCUCACUAGCGAGCUCCUUUCCCGUGCAGAUGACAAGAGCCCACUCUUCACCCGGCAUAGAUUCACGGGGCCGAUAUGUUUACCCGCCGAACGCCGCAAGACCCCAAAGUCCGAUGGAGUACUCGAUCCGAAAACAUAGUCCAUUACGGGCUACAGAUGAUAUGCGGACCUGGAGCAUGGGCUCGCUGAAUAUUUCAGAAACUAUUUCAGAACAUGCCGAACUCGAAUUGCCUCACACUGCAUUGCCCGUUCAGACCGAACUACAACAAACGGCUACACCAUUACCGCCUUCCCUGAAUACCUUUUCGCAGCCUACUCGACAACAGUCGACAUCAUCUUUGCGUAGCAAUGUCUCGGGUGUCACAGGCAGUUCUUCCAGUAGUCCCGGAUCUGUGCACUCUUCUCCCAUCAUACUAGCGACCAAAUUUAACGAGCCAUACCCCAGUUUUACUACAUCCUCGACCUCCUCGGUCCCCUCUACUCCCACCAGUCUACGCUCACGAAGCCCCAGCAUCUCCUCCCUAGAAACUAUUCCGGACAUUCCCGAUGCCGAGGCUGACGCCGAAGCCCAAGCAAUCGAGGCGGACGAGGUGGCUCGAUUGAAAAUAGCCACCGAUGGUGCCGACACAGAUAUUAUGCGACGCCGUUCUAAUCUAGAAAGCUCUAUCUCUGGGAGCACGCGAGGCUACGGAACAAGGGCGGCUGACAAGCGGAAACGAUGGAGUGUUUGUGGAGCAGAGCGACGGCAAGACUUGGAUUUGGAGACUAUAUGGGAAGACUAG